AUGCGUGCUGCAUUUGCCCUGACCGGCCUCCUGGCAGCAGCGCCUGCCUUGGCUGCUACUAAGGGCCGCCUCSGAUUUGCCCUUGGCACGAAGAACCCUGAUGGAACUUGCAAAUACAAGGACGACUAUAUGAAGGACUUUGACGCCAUCAAUGCCGAUUCUGGCUCGACCAUUGUUCGUGGAUACGCUGCGUCAGACUGCAAUGCUGCCAAAGAGAUUCUCCCGGCCGCGAAGGAAAAGGGUUUCCAGGUUGUGCUUGGAGUCUGGCCAGAUACCGAAGAGUCAUUUGCAGCAGAUAAGAAGGCCCUCACCACGUACGUGCCGCAAUACAAAGAUCAGGUAUACGCUAUCACGGUUGGAUCAGAGUCCCUUUACCGUGGUAAUUUUACUGGAGAGGAGCUUUUGGACAAGAUCAUGGACGUGAAGAAGGCGCUUGGGGGAGAAAUAAAAAUAGGAACAGCGGACUCAUGGAAUCGCUUUGCUGAUGGAACUGCGGACGCUGUCAUCAAGGGCGGCGUUGACAUUCUCUUCGCCAAUGGGUUCUCGUACUGGCAGGGUGCAGCCGCCGGCAAGGAUGCUGUCAGCACAUACUUUGAAGACAUGCAGCAGGCGCUCGCACACAUCCAGAAGUUGUCUGGUGGUCUUGACAAGAUUGAGUUCUGGAACGGCGAGACCGGCUGGCCAACUGAUGGAGGUUCCGAUUACGAGGCCGCAAAAGCUGGUACCGACAACGCGAAGCAGUUUUACGACGAAGCUGUUUGUGGUCUUUUGGACUGGGGCGUCAACGCAUUUUACUUCGAGGCCUUCGAUGAGCCAUGGAAGCCAGAAUCCGUUGGUGACAAUGGUGUCGCCAAGAUUGAGACUACUUGGGGCGCCAUGACAGCCGUGAGUUUCUUCGAAGGAGGCCAAGCCGCGAACACUACUGACUAG